ACGCCCUCCAGCUGAUGCGCUACUGUUGAUGUUAUUCCUCCCGUGAUAAGCUUUUAAAGCUUUCCUUGAAGGAGAAGAGAGUGAUUCACAAGCGGAAUUCCUUCGAUUCGAGUUUGAAAUCAGAUUUUGCAGACAAGAUGAACCGACUUUUCGGAAAGGCAAAGCCGAAAACGCCAGGACCGACUCUGACGGACUGCAUUUCCAGUGUCGAUGGCAGAGCUGAGUCGAUUGAAAAGAAGAUGAAUAUGCUCGAUAAUGAGCUUCGAAAGUACAAGGACCAGAUGAAGAAAAUGCGUGAAGGUCCAGCAAAGAAUGCAGUCAAGCAAAAGGCUCUGCGAAUCUUGAAGCAAAGGAAAAUGUAUGAGCAGCAAUGCGAGUCCCUCCGCAAUCAGUCCUUUAACAUGGAGCAGGCGAAUUACGCCACCCAGACCCUCAAGGACACUCAAACUACGGUCCAGGCAAUGAAGGCUGGGGUCAAGUCGAUGCAGAAGGAGUUCAAGAAUAUCAACAUUGAUCAAAUCGAAGAUUUACAAGACGAUAUGGCUGAUAUGCUAGAGCAGGCUGACGAGGUGCAGGAGGCUCUUGGCCGCAGCUACGCCACUCCUGAGGUGGAUGAGGACGAAUUGGAAGCAGAACUUGAAGCCUUAGGCGAUGAAAUUGCCCUGGACGAGGACACAAGCUACCUUGACGCUGUCGAAACGCCGAAUGCACCGACAAGGGAACCUGGAGCUGACAGCAUUGCGGAGCAAAAUGGAGUUCUGGUUGAUGAAUUUGGACUACCUAAAAUCCAGCACGCUACGUAAAAGGCAAAAUUACAGCUUCAUGUGAUAAAUAUAUAAGUUUAGAUUCUUACUUGUACCAUUUUAAAUAUUAGUCAUUUUUUCAUAAUUCUGCAAAGCCUUUGAUUGGUGUACAAGGUACAAGGAAUUGCCUAUUACUGGAGUUUAUUAUUUUGGGUGCUUGUUGAGUAAUGAAUUUCAUAUUAUGACAAUAUAUUCUGUCAGUAUUUUCCAAAUUCUUAAAUUAAAAUCGUGCUAUGGUCUAAGGAGUUUGAACUUGGCACUUGGCAUCCAUCAAAAUAAUUACUUUACCAUAAAUGCCACAGGUGGGCCAAAAUGCUUGCUGUUUUGUUGCACUUGAGCACAAUAAUCAUGAAUAAUAUUAUUUGAGUUUGAUAAUACAUGUUGUCUUCGUUUAAUUUCUAAGCUUUCACAAACAUGCGACGCAAACAAUUUAAUAAACAUGACUUGUAGUUAAUGUACGCUACUUCACUAUUAAUGGUAUUAUGAAAUAAUAAAAGCUUAAAUUUCUAAAUUAAAA